CGUCACUGCGCAUUGCAUUCUGGGUAGUCGCGGCCAUGUUUGGGGACACGCUCGUCAGCUGUCAAUAUAUUAGUACACAGCGAUAAUAAGUAGGAAUAACAAUGGACCGAACAAUGAACAAGUGUAAGAUUACAUAUAAAGAAAAACUCAAGAAGGAAGCAAAGUUGCGGUACUUAGAAAAAAUCAAGACAAUCAACGAACUCGAUCCGUACGAACACAAAGAAUGGUCUGAUGAUCUUAACGAGCUGCCGCACGUAACCUUCCCCGAUGUAUUUUCAUACCUUGUUUGUAGUGUCAGUGCAUACACAUCUGAUCAAUUUAAAAAUUAUAAAUCUCUCGAAUCCCACUUGCAAUUUACAAAUGGAUGGGUGCAGGACCUUCAGAUUUUCCGCGUCAACGAGCAGAAAACGGUUGUUCGCACAAAGGUUUUGCACUCUCAACGCCUUAAUGAACCUCCACUCAAGCCAUGGGUAAUCCUCAGCUCCAGUGGCCAAGUAGAGUGUGCACACUGCACAUGCAUGGCUGGCAUAGCAGAGUCUUGCACACAUGUUGGGGCUCUCCUUUUUAAAAUCGAAGCAGCAGUUCGGAUACGGGGGACCAAGACUGUCACUGAUGUUCCAGCUUACUGGAUGAUGCCCGCUAACGUUGAUAAGGUCCAAGCAGAAGUGGGCCACAAGAUCGACUUCACCACUGGUGCAGCUAAGAGAGUGGCACUUGACAAGUGCAUCAGUGGAGAGAGGGGAAUGUCAGGGAUACGUACUCAUUUAGGCUCCACGAGUCAUUGUGCACAUGAGCCCACACUUUCAGACCUGUCACCCCUGCUUCAGAUUUUGCACACUCACAGCAAGGCCGUUUGUCUUUCUGGGAUGGAGGAGUAUUACCAUCAUUAUAUCGACCCGUUAAGCCACAUGUAUUGCCAAAGUCCCUACAGCAUCUUCGUGACCCAGGAAAGGAUGGAUGCGAUCUACCCGUCCUGUUCCAGCAUUGCAACACCCUCACACACCUGGUAG